CUCUCUGGCCACGUGCUCAACAGCAGUAAUGGCGAUGAAGGGAUGUUGUUGAAGACCAUAGUGAAUUCUACUUUAACAAUGCUAAAAAGAGAGCCGUUGGAGGUAGCCAAACAUCCAGUUGGAAUGGAUGAAAUCGUAGGUGACUUUGAGAGAAGUCAAAAAAAAUGUUUUGAGAGUGAGCAGCAAGUAAAGAUUGUAGGGAUUGUAGGGUUUGGGGGCUCUGGUAAAACUACAAUCGCAACAGAGCUUUACAAUAGAAAAAGUUAUUCCUUCAAUUGCUCCAGUUUUCUGCAUGAUGUGCGAGAUGCCGCAUCCAAAAAUGCUUUGCAUACCAAGCAGAACAAACUGCUGGCUGACCUCCGUAUUCAAACUAAAUCAUUUGACAACGUGAAGGAUGGCAAGAUAAUUCUAGAAAAAAACUUGACAUCUCUUCGCAUGCUCGUAGUUUUGGAUGAUGUAGAUCACGCUGACCAAGUCGAUGCUCUGUUGCCACCAAAGGAGAGUCUCGGAUCAGGUAGUCUGAUCAUUGUUACGACACGUGAAGGGAAGGUCCUUAAAAAUUGUGGCAUCACCUCCAUUUACAAAAUGCAACCCCUGGAUUCUUUUCAUGCCAAGCAGCUCUUCUGCUGGCAUGCCUUCUUACAACCUGACCCACUAAAAGAGUUUGAAGGUUUAGUUGAAAAAUACAUGGAUGUUUGCCGUGGGUUGCCUUUGUCUUUGAAGGUCAUUGGAGGACAGCUUUACGGCCAAAGUUCCGAGGAUUAUUGGGUCUCUCAGCACGAUAAGAUCAAGAGGAUAUUGCCCAUGGAAAUUUUGCAGAGGCUGAGAGUAAGUUACGAUGCCCUCGAUGAAGAGGAGAAAGAAAUAUUUUUGGAUAUUGCAUGUUUCUUUAUUGGUGAAAGAAAAAGCUCGGCAAUUGCCCUGUGGGAUGGAUCAGGCUGGAGCGGCCUACAUAGCUGGGAAAUGCUUCACAACAAGUGCCUUGUUGAGCUGGAUGGGGAAGAGUGUAUAAGGAUGCAUGAUCAUCUUAGGGAUUUAGGAAGAGAAAUUGCAAAGAAACACUCACCAUCUCGAAUCUGGUUUCAGAGGCAGAGCAUGGACAUUCAGCAAGGAAUGUCGGUUCGAGGAAUAGAUGUCAACAUAAAUCCUUAUCUAAAUGACACGCCGUCCAAGGAGUACAUGGAGAUGAUCAGAAUAUCAAAUGUCAGGGUUGGAUUACAAAUUCUUACUGUUACAGAAAAUGAUUUAACCCAAGAAUGUGGGGGGCUAUUCAGAGGCCUUUUGUGGCUUCGAUGGUAUAGUUUUAAGCAUAGAUGUAUUCCAUCGUGGCUCUCACUCGAGAACAUUAGAGUUCUAGAGUUUAUCUAUCCUGAGAAAUUGGAAGCAUUAUGGGAGGAUAAACAUCCUCCAUUACAAUUGAGAGAGCUUCUAAUUGGUGGUGCCGACAAACUCCAAAUUCCCAGGUCAAUAGGCAGUCUGAGACAUUUGAAAAGACUAUCCAUCGACUCAAAGCAACUAUCGGGCCUGCCAGAAGAGUUUUGUCUACUUCACUCGCUGGAGCAUCUCGACUUAAGCGGAUGCUCGAGGCUAUCAAGUCUACCAAACCAUUUUGGGGAUUUGGUAAACCUGCGGUAUUUAGAUUUUCAAUUGUGUUUCUGUUUAGAGACGUUACCUCUGUCUUUUAAGCAGCUGACACAACUUGAACAUCUCGAUUUAUGCUCUUGUUCCGAGCUCACCUUAGAGUCAGAUAUUCUGGAAAACAUAACGAGCCUCAAGCAUUUUGCUGUUUCAGGGUGCAGCAAGCUAGAAGUAGUGCCUCGCGGUAUAACAAAUCAGGCUUCUCUGAGAAGUCUCAUAUUUUUAGAUAUGAAAAGUUUAGGGGAAUUACCAGCUAGCAUUGGUCAACUAAGCAAAUUGGAAGUGCUCGAAAUUAGUAACUGUCCAAUGUUGAGGAGGUUGCCAACUUCUUUGGGAAACUUGUCCAGCUUGGCCACUCUUAGACUUGAAUUCUGUGAGAGUUUGGAAUCUCUGCCAAUAGAAGUUAGACAGCUGUGUAGCCUUCAGACUCUUUCGGUAGUUGCGUGUGGAAAGGUAUAUGAGAUGCCGAGUUUGGCAGGAUUAGUUUCCUUAGGAAAUCUUCAUGUCAGUCAUUGCCCUGAAAUAAAGAAAAUAGAAGGAUUGGCAGGAUUAGUUUCCUUAGAAAAUCUUCAUGUCAGUGAUUGCUCUGAAAUAAAGAAAAUACAUUUGGCAGGAUUAAUUUCCUCAGGAAAUCUUCAUGUCAGUGAUUGCCCUGAAAUAAAGGAAAUACAUUUGGCAGGAUUAAUUUCUUUAGGAAAUCUUCAUGUCAGUGAUUGCCCUGCAAUAAAGAAAAUACAUUUGGCAGGAUUAAUUUCCUUACGAAAUCUUCAUGUCAGUGAUUGCCCUGAAAUAAAGGAAAUACAUUUGGCAGGAUUAAUUUCCUUACGAAAUCUUCAUGUCAGUGAUUGCCCUGAAAUAAAGAAAAUACAUUUGGCAGGAUUAAUUUCCUCAGGAAAUCUUCAUGUCAGUGAUUGCCCUGCAAUAAAGAAAAUACAUUUGACAGGAUUAAUUUCCUUAGGAAAUCUUCAUGUCAGGAGUCAACAGACUGGAUGGCACCGGGUAUCAACAGACUGGAUGGCACCGGGUAUCAACAGUUUGCGGGGCAUGGAGAGAUUGCGGAUGGUGAAGCUGAAAGCAAACUACCUAUCAGCUUUUGAAGCUUGCAUUCAAAGUAUAGAGAUCGAGAAGUGGCCAUCGAAAAUGACAAUAUAUGGCCGAAUAUUCUCUUCUCGUGUUAUGUCAAUUUUGACUUCGUUCACUUUUCCUGGUCUUGCCGUGGCUGACUCAUUGGAGGAAGUUAGCUCUCACCAGUGCAGUUUGACCUGCGAGAAUACAAAUCUCGUCCGUAGCGAGUCAAGGAUUUUUCCUUCGCUUAGUGAUUCCAUAAUGUUGUUGGAGGGAGAAUGGAUAGUGAUAAGAGUCUUGACGGACGUUACCGCUCUUAUUAAGGACGGCGGCCGCUCUCUUCAAGCAUCAUUGGAAGAUGACGACACUCUACGACCUUUUGGUGGGAGGUUAAUGGUAGGAGAGAGAGGCAGCGUUGUUGAAUGUUUUAAGCAACUCUUCCAAACUCUUUGCCAGGAAACUCUUUGCCAGGUUACAUCUAUGAGCUGAUAUUAUUGUUAUCAAUGUGAAACUUUUAGUAUUAAUGUUGCACUUUUAUUUUUCUAGCAUUAAUUGUAGGUUGUUAAUUGUAGGAGAGAGACAGCAUUGAAUGUUUUAAAUAACUCUUCCAAACUCUUUGCCAGGUUACAUCUAUGAGCUGAUAUUAUUGUUAUUAA